AUGAUGGCUGCCGCUUGGAUACUUGUUUGUAUAUUUGGCUGCAAACUCUAUGGUGGAUUUGUACGUGAUUGGAUUGUUGGUCAACAAAGAAGUCGCCCGAAGAAUAAAACCAUUGAUCAGUGGGUCUUAUAUGACCAGUCUCCUCCUCACUUACAUCCAGAACUAGUACCAGCUGAUUUAGAUUGUUAUUUGCCUUCACAUGGAUUGUACGAGAUCGACGAAAUUUUGAACGAAUUAGGAAAACUAAAAAUGCUUGCCAAAGUUCAUCGUCAUUAUUGGCGAUAUGCAUUGUUAGUGGAUGAAAAUACGAAAACUGGUCCUUUUAUUAUUGAUUUAAUUAUACCAAAUAUAAAAGGUACCCAGUACGAUCGUAUUGAUUUUGAUAUAAACAAUCUUUUCGUUGAAAAAGAUUACACUCAGCACUUGGGCAUGCGUAUUGAUAUAACAUGUCCUCCACAUUCAAUUACUUUGGAAAACAUUGUUGAUCAUAUACAAAAACAAUCCUUUCAUUUUUUGGGGGAAAUUAAUGAUAAACCCAGUGGAAAAAUUCUUAGUGACAGACUAAAUAAAAUGAUAACUCGUGGUUGGACGCAGAUUAAUCCAGCUCUACCAUCAGUAAUGCCGAGUCUAAAUCCACCGUCGAAUAGUACACUAACGCCAUUAUCAAAAGAUUCAAGUCUUUACCAAAAAUUAGAAAAACUCAUGAAAUCAUCUUUUCUUAAGAAGGAUCUUGAAAUCUUAUCAAUAGAACAAAUAAAAAAUACUGAAUUAGAAAAUAUAUAUAUAGAAGCACAAAAGAUUAUUGCAACACAAUCCUCAACAUCCGACGGAAAUGAAGUUCAGCUGUUUCAUGGUGCAAAAGGUAACUAG